UUGUUUAUUAGUAAUUCAUAGGAAAGUUUAAUGUGUUAUGUUUAUGUUAAAUUCAAAACUUUUAGUGACGCAGUCGCUAAAAAUGUUUUGUAGUAAGCCGAUAUUUAAUGAAUUUUUACCUCAAGCUAAAACAACUUAAUAUUUGAUUUCAGUUUAUUUUUACGCUCUUCAAUUAUGUUAAUUAACUUGAUUUUUAUGCUUUCGUCCUGAUCAUAUUUAUAUUAUGGUGCCUCAGACUGAUCAUAAUAAGAAUUCUACUUGUAUUGGCAAUGGAAAAGGCCAUGUUUCAUAUCCUACAGCAAAAAGUAAAUCAUGGGAGGAUUCUCUUCCUAUUCCAUUGUGUAUUCUACCUUGGUCAUCCUGGAUUAUUUUCUUCAUUUCUGUAGUUUGUUAUGGCAACAGUAUCAAUGGAGAGUUUGUUUUUGAUGAUUCUGAAGCUGUAAUAAACAAUGCUGAUCUUAAACCAGAGACUCCCUUAUCAAAUAUUUUUAAGAAUGAUUUUUGGGGAACAAAGCUUACACAUAAUUCAAGUCACAAGUCUUAUCGUCCUUUUACUGUUUUAACAUUCAGAUUGAACUAUUUUGUGACUGGACUUCAUCCAUUCAGUUUCCACCUUGUAAAUAUAUUACUUCAUGGUACAGUCAGUACUCUAGUUCUUAGAGUAAUGAAUUCCUUGUUCAAUAAAAUAUUAGAACAUGAUGCACCAAAAGCUGCCUUUCUAAGUGCCUUGCUAUUCUCUGUACAUCCUAUUCAUACAGAAAGUGUUUCAGCUGUCGUUGGUAGAGCUGAUUUAUUGUGUGGAAUAUUUUUUCUUCUGUCAUUUCUUUCAUAUACUCAGACAUCCAAAAACUGUUCUUCAUUUGGUAAUAGUUCCACAGUCUCAUUUUUGUGGCUAUUUUGGAGCAUUGUUCUUGCUGGUUUGGCUAUGCUUUGUAAAGAACAAGGAAUUACUGUUAUUGGUGUUUGCUACGUUUAUGACAUAAUCAUAGUUUGUAAGUUGGAUUUACAAGAUAUCUACCACUACAUAUUUCACAAGCAGAAUGGGCAUCCUCCAUUGCCUUUUUAUGAUAAUAAGAAAACCUUCACUCUAUUUUUUAUGAAGCAAAUUAUCCUUUUUCUUGGAGGAUGUUUUUUAUUAGCUCUGAGGUGGUUCAUAAUGGGUGCUUCUACCCCUGUCUUCCAGCAAGUUGAUAAUCCAGCAUCCUUUGAAGAAAAUAUCUUAGUUAGGAUGAUAAACUAUCACUACAUAUAUUCUAUGAAUGUAUGGCUUUUGAUCCAUCCAUAUUGGCUCUGUUUUGAUUGGUCAAUGGGUUGCAUACCGCUUAUAAAAGCAAUUAAUGAUAAACGUUUGUUAGCUGUCUUGAUUUUUUGGAUCUUUUUGGGGCAUCUUCUCUACAGUAUUGUAGCGUAUCCUGAUAAAAAAAUUCGAAGGUUAUUGUGCUUCUCAUUAGCCUUCAUCCUAGUACCUUUCCUCCCUGCUUCUAAUUUAUUUUUCCGAGUGGGAUUUGUUGUUGCAGAAAGAGCUCUUUAUCUGCCUAGUAUGGGAUUUUGUAUGCUUAUUGUGAUUGGCUUAAAACAACUGACCGUUUUUUUAGGUCAGAAUUGCCAAAUGGGCAUUCAGUGUUCUGUUAUUUUGUUACUUGCAGUAUUUGGUAUUCGCUGUAUUCAAAGAAGUGCUGAGUGGAAAAAUGAAGAAACACUUUUCCGUUCUGGUUUAAAUGUCUGCCCUCUGAAUGCCAAGGUUCAUUAUAAUAUUGCAAAAAAUGCUGCUGAUAAUGGUGAUAGAGAAACUGCCAUUAAAGGCUAUAAAGAAGCAAUAAGGCUUAAUCCUCUUUAUGAUCAAGCAAUGAAUAACUUAGCAAAUAUUCUUAAAGACCAAGGGAAAUUAGAAGAGGCUGAAGAAUUGUUGCAUUCUGCUAUUAAAAUAAGGUCAGAUUUUGCUGCUGCUUGGAUGAAUCUUGGAAUUGUUCAGUCAAGUCUAAAGAAAAUGGAUGGAGCUGAAAGAAGUUAUCUUAUGGCCAUACACUACAGAAAACGUUAUCCUGAUUGUUACUAUAAUCUCGGAAAUUUGUACUUGGAACUGAAACAAUAUGACGAUGCUUAUAGAGCAUGGCGUAAUGCUACAACAUUACAACCAACUCAUUUAGUUGCCUGGAAUAAUAUGAUCAUUAUGUUAGACAGCAUAGGUGAUUUGGAUAAAGCUGAAUCCGUGGCACGUGAGGCAUUACAGUAUUUGCCAUCUGAGGCAUCUCUUCAUUUUAAUUUAGCGAACACCCUCGGAAAGGCUGGGAAAUAUAAAGAAUCGGAGAAACAUUUCUUACGAGCUAUUCAAUUAAAUGGUAGAAAUCCUACGUACCAUACUAAUUUAGGUGUACUUUAUCAUCGAUGGAAAAAAUAUCAUUUGGCGGAAGAUUCUUACAAGCGAGCUUUAGAACUUAAACCUGAUAUGAAGAGUGCGAGUGAUAAUUUGAGAUUACUUCAUAAAACUUUGGGGCGAGUUUAAGAAUUCUUUGAUGCUUCGCUUUCUUUUACUCAUUUUGAAGAACAAUAUUUACGGAAUAUCUCUUGUUAAUUGUUGGAUUUUUGUCUCUGUAAAUUGUAUUACGUGUGACAUUCGUGUAUAUCUAUAAUAAGUAAUCAUUAUCCAUAAUAUAUUAUUUGAAUCGAUCACUUUCAAAGAAAAUGUUAUGCAUAUAAUAACAGAAAUAGCUGUACUGUUGAAUAUUCCUUUCUCUCUCUUUCUAUUUAAUGAAAUUCAUGUACUCUCUUUUUUUCUGUGUUGAAAACUUUCAAAUACAUUCUUGCCAUAAUGGAGCCAUCAUGGUCAUAUGAUUUACAUAGUGGCCUACGUCAAUUUAAAUGUGGACUAUUGCAUCAUGCAAUUGUUGCUUGUAGUUUUUUUGUGAUAAUUAUUCCUUUAUUUUUUAUAUUUUUAUUAGUAAUAUAUUUCUAGCUCUUAAACAUUGAAACUGUUUGGUCUUUAUUUAUUAAUACUUAAACUUAAUUUAUUUAAUAUGCUUUACUAAUUAAUCUAGCAUCAUUUGUAUUUGCUUAAUUUUUUAAGUUUAAGCGACAUUUUUUUAAUUGU